CGCAUCCCCCGCCCACAAUUUCAGGUGACAGCUAGGCUAAACAGGCCGUUCACAACUUGCUACACGCGAAGGAACUGCGCAGGCAACGAACCGUUUUAUGACAGCAAUUACUACACUGUAGUUUGUAAACAUAGAAUUACUAACUGAUACACCAAACGGCUGUUAAUUAAUUGUUUCUAAAUCGUGUGAAUUGCAGUCUUCAGCUGUACAAAAAAAUCCCUCUUCCGCAAAAUACCGAACAGUGGGGAGCAACUCGAAUUCUGUAGCUAACUUAACUAACGUUAGCUAUACCACGGGCUAACUAAUUUGUUGUACGUUUUAAUUAUUUAUCGAAAUGUCGGACACUCCGGGGGACGGAAAGUUGGAGCUGAAACAAGCCAGCAAAGAAGUAAAGGAGAGCGAGAACGUGGCUGAAAAAUACUCAGCCAUGACCGUGAGCAAGAACAGCGAAAUUACCAUGGGUGAACUGUCAGUGUCGUCUGCUGCGUUCAGUGCGGUCCCUAUUCACAAACCUGUUAAAAAGCAAAUCCAGUUUGUGGAAGACAAGCAGGAGUUCAGCAGGUUCCCUACCAAGGCUGGCCGACGCUCGCUGUCUCGAUCCAUCUCUCAGUCAUCCACGGACAGCUACAGCUCCGCUGCGUCCUACACAGACAGCUCUGACGAUGAGACUUCACCACGGGACAAAACACAGCUCAACUCCAAGGGCACCAGUGACUUCUGUGUGAAGAACAUCAAACAGGCCGAAUUUGGUCGUCGCGAGAUUGAGAUUGCAGAACAAGAUAUGUCAGCAUUAAUCUCCCUCAGGAAGAGAGCCCAGGGAGAGAAGCCACUUGCUGGGGCAAAAAUUGUUGGCUGCACUCACAUCACUGCCCAGACUGCAGUGUUGAUUGAGACUCUGGUGGCCCUGGGGGCCCAGUGUCGCUGGACAGCCUGUAACAUCUACUCCACACAGAACGAGGUGGCAGCUGCCCUCUCAGAGAUCGGUGUGGCAGUUUUUGCCUGGAAGGGGGAAUCGGAGGAUGACUUCUGGUGGUGUAUCGACAAGUGCGUCAACAUGGAGGGCUGGCAGCCUAACAUGAUCCUUGAUGAUGGAGGGGACUUGACCCACUGGGUGUAUAAGAAAUACCCCAACGUCUUCAAGAAGAUCAGGGGCAUUGUGGAGGAGAGUGUGACUGGGGUCCACAGGUUGUACCAGUUGUCCAAAGCAGGCAAGCUGUGUGUGCCAGCCAUGAACGUGAAUGACUCUGUGACAAAGCAGAAGUUUGACAACCUCUACUGCUGCAGAGAGUCUAUCCUGGAUGGCCUGAAGAGGACCACAGAUGUGAUGUUUGGAGGAAAGCAGGUUGUUGUCUGUGGUUAUGGAGAGGUUGGGAAAGGUUGCACUGCCGCACUGAAAGCCAUGGGAUCCAUCGUCUACGUCACAGAGAUUGAUCCCAUCUGCGCCCUGCAGGCCUGCAUGGACGGCUUCAGGGUGGUCAAGCUGAACGAGGUCAUCCGCCAGGUGGACGUCAUCAUCACAUGCACUGGGAAUAAGAACGUGGUGACCAGGGACCAGCUGGACCGCAUGAAGAACGGCUCCAUCGUGUGCAACAUGGGACACUCCAACACUGAGAUUGACGUGGCGAGCCUGCGGACCCCAGAACUGACCUGGGAGAGAGUGCGCUCUCAGGUGGACCACGUCAUCUGGCCUGACGGAAAGAGGGUCAUCCUGCUGGCCGAGGGUCGUCUACUGAACCUCAGCUGCUCCACAGUUCCCACCUUCGUCCUGUCAAUCACAGCCACGACCCAGGCUCUGGCCCUUAUUGAGCUGUACAAUGCUCCAGAGGGCCGCUACAAACAGGAUGUCUACUUGCUGCCCAAGAAGAUGGAUGAGUAUGUUGCCAGCCUGCACCUGCCCACCUUUGAUGCCCACCUGACUGAGCUUUCAGAUGAGCAGGCCAAGUACCUGGGCCUCAACAAGAAUGGCCCAUUCAAACCCAACUACUACAGGUAUUAGCUUGCAUGAACGGACCACAACUCUGCACUCCUUGACUUGGAGAAGGCCUGGAUGACCAGAAGAUAAUGAAAUCUAUAUUUUAUUUUUUAGAGACACUGUUUUUGUUUUCAAAUCAACCUCUAUUCCGUCAUCAUCUUCAGUAAAUGUUCCCCUGUUUCACUUGCUGUUUUGUGUGUUUAGUUUCACCAUCAGUUCUGUAAAUAUACACCUCUAAGAAACCAACAUGCAGGAUCCCACUGGCCAUGAAUGACUAAUUGAAAGUACAGCACUUAAACUCUGCUAGAGAUGUAUUUGUUUUCUACAGAAGUCUGAUUUCAUACCCACUCCACUAGAAUAGACAUUUUCUUGGUGGUUUAUCAGUAGCUUGAUUUAUGUUUAUAUUAUUGUGCCAAAUGAUUGUGUAGGGAAGGGUAUAGUUGUGAUUGAGAUUUUUAUUUGUUUUCUGCAUUGACAUCGCUACACGCUUCUCAAACAAUUACAUUCCAGCCAGGGGAACAGGGAGAAAUGGCCUCUACAAUAGAAAGUCCCAACCGCAAAAUGUUCCCUUUAAAGGUCCAAUGCAGCCGUUUAUCUCUAUCUAAUCAUUUCUGGGUAACAAUUAUGUACCUUACUGUGAUUUGUUUCUUUUUUUUUAAACUAUUUUAAUUGAAAGCAAACAGCUUCUUAGCAAAGAGCAAUUUCUCAAGCAAGAAUUUUGCUAGGACUGUCAGGGAGUGAUCUGAGUGGGGAGGGGAAAACUGAAAACUAGCUGUUAUUGGCAGAAAGGUUUGGAACUCUUUCUUAUUGGUCUAUUGACUAACUUACCGUCUGGUGAUGUCAUCAGGCAGGCCAAAACUCCAUCCCACCAAAACAGGCUGAAACUUCAGGCAGUCUUUUCAAACAGCUCUUACACUAAAAGGGCAUUAUUGUAAUUUUAACAAUUUUACAGCCUUAUUCCAACCUCAGUCUAGAUAUAUAUAUAUAUAUAUAUCACAGGAAAUCAAGUGUUUGACUGCACUGGGCCAACACAUUGUCACGUUUCCUACUGGAAACAUGAUACCCACAUAGAUGUUUAUUACCAGCUGUACAUUUUUCUAUCUCUCUCCCUUUGAAACAGAGCUGAAAUGUGAUUGAAUUGAAAAGAUGAUUACUUUGACUGACUAAACCUCCUAAGGCAGACAUUUAUUGUAUUUUCUGUAUAGUACAUGUAUGCAUGUACAGUACAGAAAUGUAGUUAUCUUCACCAACACGUAGAUACAGAAAGGUAUGUGUAACCAGAAGAGCGAUUAUCCAAUGUGGCACUGAUUUUGAUUGAGUCUCACAUGGUUAUAGGGUAAUAACACUGAAAUGUUUUGCAUUAAAGGAGUCUUAUCGGACUCAAAUGACAAUAGUGGAGUUGACAUUUCUCCAACUCUGGUCCUAAUUAUGUGGAAAUACGUUUAUUGAAAUUAUUUUUUAAAUAUUGUAGUUGGCUGAUAGUUUAUUGUUACUGGUAUCAUUUUUUGUGUCGUGAAUCCUGUUUUCUCUUAAUGUUCCUAAUCACCAUGUUGUCCUUCUCUGUUCUCUGCAUCCAUAUCUGCCUGUUUUCAUGUCACCAUCACAUGGUCACUAUUGUCAGUUUUUUGCAGAAAGAAGAAACUUACACAGCCAACCAACUCUCCAUAAGGGAGAGUUGUUUUUCAGUUGAGUAACAUGGGACACCGAGUCCAUUGAAUACAGACCACAUCUGUGCAUACAAUUUUAGUUUUUGCUGAGGUUUUCAGGCUUUUCUCUGUCCUACCAUUUUAGCUGUGUGAAACAGAUACUAUUUUAUUUGUGUAUAUGUUAGCUAAUGCAACUGUGAGAAAGCGCUUUCAUCUUUGCACUACUUAAAGCUGUUGGGCAUUACAAGCAAGGACAUAUGCGUGAGAAGAACAUUGUUGGCGGGGUAUUGGCGUCGUAACGUUGGUUACUGGUCAAGUGACAGUGCCUUGUGACUCAUCUGCUACUGUACAUAUUCAUCACUUGUAGGAUUAUGUCCGUCUGCUCUCUUCCUCUUUGGAAGCUGUCCAACAGUGUUCUGAUUCUGCAAUAUAAUCGCUGUGCACAAAGAUGUGCAUAAAUCUAGUGGUUUCUUAUAAAGAUUUGUACUUAUUGGGGGGGGGGGGUACCAAAACUGCUUGACGUGUCAACAUUUUAAAGUUACUUCCAUUGUGAGUUAACAAAGUACUUUGAAUUCACUUGUUUUGUACAUACCAUUGUUUUUGAAAGUACAGUACAUUUUUCAAUUUUUUCCCUUGGGUAUUGUCUGUAUAGCACUACCAAAAGCAUGCCAUGAAGUAAAAUGACUCAAUCUCCCAGAAUUCCUUUACAUGCACUGCAUUGAUUACAAUGCCUCUAUCAAAUUCAGUUUUAGUUAAAUGAAUCUUCCAUAUUUUUUAUUCAUUCAUACUGUCCUAAUGAUAAGGACUAGCCGGAUGUCCUAAUAACUGACAAAUAGUCAGUUUAUGAAACAUUGUCUAACAGGAGAGAGUUCUUAUCUGACUAGUUCUCAAGUCCAGGGUCAUUUGGCUGUUGUAUGCAACAGUGCUCUGCAAUUUCACUUCAACCGACAUAAAUAGUGAAGAACUCUUGUGACAUACAUUUAUUAUGCUUAUGUGAUUGAUUUGUAAUCAUUUUUAAUAAUUUCAUCUCGAAAAUACCAUAUACCAAGUGACAAGUUUCACUUGUUGACAACCGUGUUCAAAAUCAAGUGAUGCGUGAGGAGCUGAAAUGUUGACCCUUUAUGAAGCAAGGAUCACUGAGACGAACAUGAUGCGAGAAUCGCUUAUGUAUCUCUGGUUUCGACAAAACUAACUUUUUACCUUAGGAUUUUUAUUUGAGCUUUGCAAAUGAAAUCAUAGUGUUAGAUUAUACAGUACUAUGUAUUAUUUUUCUGUGUAUUAUUUGGUGUAGUCUGGCUGAGUCUCAAUUCAAAUUGAUUUACUUGAAUGCACUCUGAUGCUGUUAUUUCUGUUUCUGCUUUCUGUUGGUUGAUGUAUACCUAUCCCUUUAAUAAACGUUUCUGUGUUUAAAUUAAA